ACGUCGUCGAAUGAAAGGAAACAAACACUCCAGCUCUACGGAUCCUGUUCCUGUAAUCACAUUGACUGCUGCGGCUGUAGGCACCAGGGGCAGAGGGCCCGUCCGCUUUGGUUUCUCAUGCAGGCUGGAUGCCGGAUCACUUCAUUGAUUCUGCCGUGGUUAUUACCCGCAGGGCGUUGGGAUUCUCUCGUUGGCUUCAAUACCUGUUUGUCUCUUGUAAGCCUGUUCUGUGAGAGCAGCAAGUCAUGUCUGUCUCGACUGGACAGAAAAAGGGCUCCUUACGGCAGCGGAAGUGCGGCUUCUGCAGAUCGAACCGGGAGAAAGAAUGUGGCCAGUUAUUGAUGUCAAACAACCUGAAGGUGGCAGCACAUCACAGAUGUAUGCUCUUCUCAUCAGCACUAGUAUCUUCACAAUCUGACAGUGAAAAUCUAGGCGGCUUUUCCAUAGAAGAUAUACAGAAGGAGCUGAGGAGGGGCAAAAAGUUGAUGUGUUCCCUGUGCCAUUGCCCAGGAGCAACCAUUGGCUGUGAUGUGAAAACAUGCCGGAGGACGUACCAUUAUCACUGCGCGUUACAUGAUAAAGCGCAGAUCCGGGAAAACCCAUCACAAGGAAUAUACAUGAUUUUUUGUCGGAAGCAUAAGGAACAUAUGCAAGACUUAGAAGAUGAGUUAGAAGGGUUAGACGCUCAGGAGUUGAGUCCUUCCCCGCACCGCGGACGAGGAAGGGGCUCCCGGGGCAAAUCACGGUCCGCAAAUUCCAGAGGGCAGUCCGAUGACAGCAGACUCUCAUCGUCACAUUGCACGGAAGAAACCGAAAGUAGCUCCAGUAGAGACCGCUCACCGCACAGAAGCAGUCCGAGUGACACAAGACCCAAGUGUGGCUUCUGUCAUGCGGGUGAUGAAGAGAAUGAGACAAGAGGCAAGCUCCAUGUAUUUAAUGCAAAAAAGGCUGCAGCUCAUUACAAAUGCAUGCUAUUCUCAUCUGGCACUGUCCAGCUCACAACAACGUCAAGGGCGGAAUUUGGAGAUUUUGAUAUAAAAACCGUGAUCCAAGAAAUGAAACGCGGAAAGCGCAUGAAAUGUACACUGUGUGGCCUUCUAGGCGCAACCAUCGGCUGUGAGAUCAAGGCCUGUGUAAAGACCUAUCAUUAUCACUGCGGGGUGGAGGACAAAGCUAAAUAUAUAGAAAACAUGUCACGAGGCAUUUACAAACUUUACUGUAAGAAUCACAGUGGAAACGAUGAAAGAGAUGAGGAGGAUGAAGAACGCGAGAGCAAAAAUCGGGGGAAUGCAGCUUGUGGGCCCUGUGAAAGCACUCCGCAGCAGCUCAAUGGAAAUUAAGGGUUCCUGUGGAUACGCCAUCCGUUUGUGAUGAGGGGGAGCAGGCAAAUUUUUAAGUUCUGUAAUAGAUGACUAUUUAUCUGAGGCUGUGAAAAGGACUGCAUGGGAAUGGGGGGAAAAGAUGUAUUUUUUCAACUGUUGAAUUUUGUAAGUAUGAAAUGGCAGCGCCUGGUUAAAUGACAUUGACUUGUAAUCUGGUCAUGUUGGUUUUUUCCCCACCUUCAUAUUUAUAUUUUAUGAAUAUUUUAUAAGAAUGUGCUUUUUUUCAAUCGGUUGCCUCUUUCCACCUCCAAUAUUUCCAUUUUUUUUUCUGCUGUUUAAGGGAUCCGUAGUGUCUUCAUAGAGCCAAGUCAGAGGAUUUUGGAGAAAUUAUAAAACUUGCCUUUUUUUAUGUUGCCAAAACUCUUGCGUUUUAGAGAAUGCUAGUAAUAGGAUUUGCGCUAGUAAUAAAGAAAUGUGUAUUAGAAUA